AUGGUGUGUGAUACUCUAAUCUACCAUCCUUCUGUUUUCAGGCUAGUAAGUCUUUUGGACUCUACUGCUGGCCGGGAGAAAGUCCUUAGAUUGCUACAGUAUUUGUGCCGGUUUUUAGGAUACCAAUACUCAUCGAUCUUGGCCAAAAAGCUACAAGCGGAGUUCACCACUGUUCGCAAGAUCUUGAGAUUCCUGAAACCUUUGAAUCAUCUGCAGGCAGCUUCAAAAUUCUAUGAUAACAAAAUCACAAAUGACAACGUUGUCCGUUGGUGCAAUGUGCUGAAAAACCUAGCUUACGCCGGUUACUUGACCCUCGACCAAAUUAACUUGCUGCGCAUUCUACGGCUCGUACCAGCUACCAAAAUUACGGGAGUGAAGGUUCCCAAGUGGGCUAAUUGGUGCUGGCUCGCGGGGCUCGUCAGUGGUCUCGCCUUAGACCUGCGCAAGCUCCAGGUUUCUCAAGACAGAAUACGAGCUCUUACGGCAAAGGGAGACCAUUCGGUAGAUGAGAAGCAUUCCACUGCCGUGGAAGUGGCUUCUCAUUAUUCGGAUCGCUCUGCUGCACUCAAGAGGCUGCUAUGGGAUUCCCUGGACACAUUCAUUGUGAUGAACAACUUGAAAUUUAUCGACUCGCCCGACGGCUCAAUUGGUUUGGCCGGGGUAGCAACCUCGCUAUUCGGUCUUCAGGGUGUCUGGGAGGCCGCCUGA